UCAUUUCAUUAUAUUUUCUCCUGUAGUCCACAUCACAACCAGUUUCAUUAAAAAAUUUAUAUAAAAAAAAAAGGAAAAAAAUUUCCCAAAGGAAAUUCUACCGUGGAACUAACUCGCUUCAACUUGAUUUUCUUCAUCUCAUCUGCUAUUGGUAUUGUAUAUUGAUCACUCAUUUUAAGAUGUCGGACUACUCGAAAUUCCUGGCCAACUUGACGGAUCAGCUGGGCCUGUUGCCGGGACUCGCAUCGAACGGAUUUGCAGGACUUGGAGGAUUGGCCAACCUGUGCAACCUGGGCAACUUGGGCAACCUGGGCAACCUGGGCAACUUGGGCACCAAUCUGGGCAGCCUGCGCCCCGCCCACAAGGCGCUGAUGUGUGUAGGCGCAGCCACCGUGGCCUGCGUGGUCUUGGGCCUAACAGUCAAGUCCUUGAAGGGGCGUGGUCGCAAGGAGGACGGCGACAAGCAGAGGACCAUGAAGGUGCAGAACGGGGCACCGAUCAAACAUGACCUUGAGGGGGCUGCUGACAAGGGCGACGGCACCGGGACCGGAAACGGAACCGCCAUCUUCGGGGAGGGGCAUGCCCCCUAAAAACAGCCAGAAGAAUCGCCAUCCCAUUGAUCCGCAAUACCCAGCACACGCCUCACGAAAUCAGAACCCUCCACCAUACAAAAUACCCUGUUUUGUGCGUUGCAAUGUUAUCUAUAUAUUUUGUAAUUUUAUACCGUUUACCACAGCGGUCAUAUAAAUAA